GACGGAGUCCAGCAACCGGGCGGGUUCAGAGCGGGCUGGAGUCAGCAGUCAUUAGCGCUCCGGUUAGCGAAGAGUGCCUUGGACGCCACACAUUUUGAGAAGAAGAAAAAAAAAGAGAGGGAGGGAACAAAUUUGUGUAUUAAAAAAAAGCCCUGAGCCAGGCUUGCUAAACAAAUAACAACAACAACAGUACGAGGGCAUUUUCUUGUCUCUGAAGUUGCAAUAGUUGGCAGCCAUGGUGAUGUUCAAGAAGAUCAAGACUUUCGAGGUGGCCUUCAGCGAGCCCGGCAAGGUCUACGGCAGCGGGGAGAAGGUGGCCGGCCGGGUGGUGGUGGAAGUGGCCGAAGUGACGCGCGUCACCAGCGUCAGAGUCCUGGCUUGCGGCGUGGCCCGGGUCUUGUGGAUCAAAGGGCCCCAGCAGUGCAAGCAAGAGAUGGAGUAUCUCCGCUAUGAAGAUGUCCUCACCCUGGACGACCAUCUAGCUGAUGAAGAUGGUUCUGUGAUUCUGAGACCAGGAAACACCUAUGAAUACAAGUUUGGAUUUGAGCUGCCCCAAGGACCACUUGGUACCACUUUCAAGGGCAAGUAUGGCUGUGUUGAUUAUUGGGUGAAGGCUUUCUUGGAUCGCCCAUCCAUUCCGGUUCAAGAGAUAAAGAAGCGCUUUGAGGUCAUGGAUCAAAUUGAUGUCAACACUCCAGACCUGAUGUCGCCUGUCUCUGCCAAGAAGGAAAAGAAAGUGUCCUGUAUGUUCAUCCCUGAUGGGCAUGUGUCUGUCAGUGCCAGAAUUGACCGCAAAGGCUUCUGUGAAGGUGAUGACAUAUGCAUCAAUGCUGACUUUGAGAACACCUGUUCCCGGAUUGUGGUGCCCAAGGCAGCCAUUGUUGCCAAGCACACCUACCUGGCCAACGGACAAACCAAGGUCUUUUCCCAGAAGCUCUCAUGCGUCCGAGGCAACCACAUCAUCUCUGGCAUGUCUGAAUCAUGGCGUGGCAAGACACUCCGUGUCAAGAAGAUCAAGCCAUCCAUUCUAGGCUGCAACAUCUUGCGUGUAGAGUACUUCCUGCAGAUCUAUGUCAGUGUCCCGGGUUCCAAGAAGAUCAUCCUGGACCUGCCCCUUGUCAUUGGCAGCAAGUCUUCCAGCAUCGGCAGCCGCAGCUCCAGCAUGGCUAGCCAGACUAGUUCUGAGAUGAGCUGGGUGGACCUCAAUAUCCCUGAUACCCCAGAAGCGCCUCCAUGCUACCUGGACAUCAUCCCUGAAGACCACCGCCUGGAGAGUCCCACCACUCCUCUUUUAGACGAGCUGGACAACUCGUUUGACAGCCCCAUAUUCAUGUAUGCUCCAGAGUUCAAGUUCAUGCCACCACCUACAUACACAGAGGUGGAUCCCUGCACUGUCAACAAUAAUGUCCAGUGAGCAUCAAAGGACAUCUUUAUGCAGUUGUCUUUUCUCCAGCUUUUCCUGGACAUUUAACAGUUGCAGUCGCAGAGAUUAUACACCAGGCAGAAAUUCCCUGAUGAAAAGGGAAGGAAGACCUCAAGGUGUCAGGGCAUCUUGCGGAAAACUGUUGGCAAGGAGCAGAAUUGAAUGGCUGUCUUAAUGCCUCCAUCUUUGUACUUGCCACAGGCUAAGAGAAGCCGUGUGGGUCAGUGGUGGAUCUGGGCCUUGGCUCUCCCCCAAAGCCUUUCAGAACUGUUCUCCCCACAAACCAACAGGUGCUGAAGUGAAACUUUAAAGAUGAGACUGUGGGGCAGGAACAGGCGUUUCUGAACAAGGAGAGGUGAAAAACGAUAAACAGUUUGGAAGAAAUACUACUGAAUAACGAAAUAUGACCAUUUGUAUCUAUGAUCAAAAAGUGUUUUGAAUGUUGUGAUUUACAUACAUGAGGUUGUAUGUCUGAAGAUUUUCAAUAGGAAAAGCAAGCUUAUUGUAGUGUGUGUUUUGUGGUUUUCUCAGGCUUUAAAACCUAACACCAUAAUCUUGGGGACACUUAGAAAAAUGUGUGGGGAGAGUUGCUAGAAGGACAGUCGUAGGUAUUACUGGAGGUGUUGGGUGGGACUGAGUUUCUUUACUCAAUAUCAUUAAGUAAAGAGGUGAGAAUAGAGAAGUGUAGCAGGUGGUAUAAGUGUGAGGUGAUAGUAAAAGGGACAAAAUAGGCCCCAAGAAAGGAGAAUAACUUUAAUUUCAUAAUAAGCAAUAGAUUUGUUCUUCUGUUUUCACCUAACAAGCAACUGGGACACUGCUUAGAAGGGUAGCUUUCUAAAACAGUCUGUUUAAAAAAAUGUAAUGGACUUUUGUAGCACUUAAUUUCUGUGGUUCUCAACAUUCUCCUUUGUAUGUAAACAAGCAAACAUUUUGUAAGGGAGAAAAGUCACUAUGCCUAUUUGCUUUUCUUGAAUCUUUAGUGUUAUAUGAAUAUAAAUCAAUGUUGAUAAUUUGGGGUCUGAAGCAAGUUGUUGGCAGCCUUGAAUGAUGCAGGGGCAGGACUUGAGGCCUUGGUGCAGGGCAGCACUUCCCUCACCACUCUUCUGAGACGUUUCUCAUGCAUUCCUUUGCUUCCGUGGGUAUCAAAAGCCCAGCAAUAUCUAAAGACCAAUUUUUUGUUGUCAGAUGGUGCCAAAUACCUCCUCACGAAGCUGAUACUUGCUGAAUAAAAUCAGACAUGGCUUUAGGCGUGCCUUAAACCAAGUGGAACUGCUUCCCUAUUUCUGGGCUGCUUUUCUGCCACCCUGUCGUGUAUUUUCCAGCAAAUAACUUGGUUUAUUCCCCAUUGACAGAAAUGCACUUUCUUAAAACAAUUUUUGGAAAACAGCAUAUCCAAAGUGUUAAUUGAUCCCAGGUUUUGUCACCACAAAUAUUUACUUGGUCGCAAGAUACUAUAUAAGUGACAGUCGGACAUAAAUUUGGGUGUACUGAAUUUUUUUAUUGUGUUUUUUGUUUCUCUGUUUUGCUUUUUUGUAUUUGUUUGAAAACUUAAUUAUAUUUUGUACUGCUGCAAUUCUGAAGAAUCCCGUUUUUGGGAACAAUAUUUCUAAUAAACGUUCAAAGGUUUAAA